CGAGCAAUCCACGACGUCACUAUACACUCCUGGUAGAAUAUAAAGGAAAGGGUUUCUCGCCGAUAGCCAGCACUCCUCAGCCAUUCAUAACCACUUCUGCAACUAGCUUGAAAAGAACCCCCUACUGGAAUUUCGAAUUUUCUUUCUUCGUGCAAGUCACGCGCACCUCCCGGCCACGAAUCUGUCAUCAUGGAUGGAUAUACUACUUCGGAUACCAGCCAGCAGAGGCCAUACUAUUCUCAUUUGAUCCAGCUCCAUAAGGAUAACGGCGCGGGCGAUUGGCACCGAUGGCUGGUGGUGGCUGCCACUCGCUCCGACAUGAUCACGUUCUUUAAAGGCCUGCAGAAAUAUGCCAAGCGGUCCGACGCCAAUAUCACCGAGGUGGAACCGGUGAAUCUCGCCUGGUGGACUUUCAGCGCCCGGGAGGGCUACAACGUGAGGGAGCUCAUCUGUCAGAUCUAUCGGCUGAAUCCGACGUGGUACGGCAACAUCCACGAGCUGAACGAUAGCCGGGGCAAGAUCUGUGUGACGUUGCAGGAUGAUGCUGGGGGGAGGAGAUGGCCGGUCCUGCCUCCCCAGGACACUUCUAUCGACGGCAUCUUCGUGCGUGAUGACAAUGUGUGAGCCUAUGCAAAUAACUGGAACCCAGUCUACAGUGCUGGAGAGGGAAAGUCUCUUAUUGCAGAAGAUAAGAUAUUGUGUUUGUGUCUGUGUGAAUCCACUAUUGCGACGGGUGAGAAUUGUUCAUCAGUGCUAGUCAUGAUAUUUUUAAGUCUAUAGCAGAAAAGAGCUAUUUCUCUGUAUCC